AUGGUGGAGAAAGAAAUCAAGGACCUCGAGUCCGGAUCGGUUCACGACAAAAUCAGAUACUGGACUCUGCUCACUGACCAGGGCGUUCUCACACACGAGAUCGUGAACUGGGAUUACCAAGGCUCUGGCACAGAUGAGGACCCAUACGUUGUCGAAUGGAUGGACAAUGAUCCCCGGAAUCCCAUGACAUGGAAGAGCUCGAAGAAGUGGGUCAUGUGCAUUAACAUGGCCGUGGCUACUCUCUGCGUUUCGUUCUGUUCGUCUGCAUUUGCUGGAGGAAUCCAACAAAUAAUGGUUGAGUUCAAUGCAUCUCAAUUGCUGUGCACUGGAGGAAUUUCCCUAUUCGUCGUCGGUUUCGCUCUAGGUCCAUUAUUGUGGGCACCAUUCAGUGAGUUGUACGGCCGCCAGGUCGUCUUCUUCGGCACAUUCGGCGCUUUCAUGGCAUUCAACGCUGGAGCCGCUGGCUCUCAGAACAUCUGGACCCUCCUCAUCAUGCGAUUCCUCGGCGGCUCCUUUGGAUCAAGCCCUCUCACCAACGCUGGUGGCGUCGUUGCGGAUCUUUUCUCGGCAAAGGAGCGUGGCAAGGCUAUGAGCUUCUUCAGUGUUGCACCGUUCAUGGGUCCUGUUCUCGGACCAAUCGUUGGUGGUUUCUUGGGCAUGACCGAGGGAUGGCGAUGGGUUGAAGGCCUCAUGGCAAUCUUCUCCGGCGUUGUCUUCUUCGCUGCAGUUCUUAUGGUCCCCGAGACCUACCCACCCGUUCUUCUCAGGAAGCGAGCACAGGCUCUCUCCAAAUUGACCGGCAAGGUCUACCGAUCGCAGACCGAUAUCGACCAGGGCAAGGUCACUUUGGGAGAGGCAUUCUCCACUGGCUUGAAGAGGCCUUGGAUUCUUCUCUUCCGCGAGCCUAUCGUUUUCUUGCUCAGCAUCUACAUGGCUAUCAUCUACGGAACCCUUUACAUGCUUUUCGGCGCUUUCCCCAUUGUCUAUCGUGUAGGUCGCGGCUGGAACGAGGGUGUCGGUGGCUUGCCUUUCAUUGGCGUUGCUAUUGGAAUGGUUGGCGCCCUUGCCUACACGAUUCUCUACGACAACAGGCGUUACGCCAAGUGCGUCGAGAACUCUCCCAGGGGAUUCGCAACUCCAGAGGACCGCUUGCCCCAGGCCAUUCUCGGAGGCAUUGUUCUGCCCGUUGGUCUCUUCUGGUUCGCCUGGACCAACUACCCCGAUUUCCCAUGGCAAGCUAGCGUGGCGGCUGCCAUCCCAUUCGGAUUCGGCAUGGUCUUGAUCUUCUUGAGUAUCAUGAACUACCUGAUCGACGCCUACACGAUCUUCGCCGCCUCCGUCUUGGCCGCUAACGGUAUCAUCCGUUCGCUUUUCGGUGCAGCUUUCCCCUUGUUCACCAUCCAAAUGUACCAGAACCUUGGAAUCCACUGGGCAUCCACCAUCCCCGCCUUCCUCGCCCUCGCCUGCUUACCCUUCCCCUUCCUCUUCUACAAGUACGGCGGUGCCAUCCGCCAGAAGUGCAAGUACGCGGCCCAAGCCGACGCCUUCAUGGAGCGUAUCCGCGGACAAAUGGCCGCACGACAAGCCGCCGCCGCAGCAGCAUCUGAGGAUAGCUCCCGCACCGCCUCCGUGGACCAGGCCGCUCAUGCCGAGGAGACCACGAGCAGCGUAGGCGAGGAGGUCGAGAAACCUCGCUUCGAGGAGAUCAAGACCGGCAACGAAGCCAGCAACGAUCUCACCAAAGUCCGCACCGGCCGAAGUGCAAGGAGUGUGCGGACAACAAGAUCAUCCCGAUCGGCGAGGGGCGCAGAGUUCCCUGAUAACCCUUACGCGAUUGAUCGUGUGAACACGAGGGAGAGCUUUAGGAAUUAG